AGGCGUAAAAGUCAGCAGAAACCGACUGAAACUGAAGUUUAUUAACAAAACAAAAAUGUAUUCUCCUCGAAAAAAAGCACACCGUCCAGCAGUCUCUUUUCGGGAGUUUAGUAAGCUAAUUAAGAACCUGCCGGACAUUGCAUUCGACGUGCAAAGCGACCAAGCUGAGGAAGGAUCUUACAAAACGCUGGACGAGUGCGCCCAGUGGUACUACGAAGCCUUCUACAAGGAUCCCAGUGUACGAAAGCGGUACAAGUUCCAGGUGCGCGCUUGUGCCAAGGUAAAGAAGGAUAAGUUGCUCAGUCUGCCCGAGGCAGAAGUAGAUGGGACGCCCGAAGAGAGUGAGCAUGAAUCGGCUGAUGAUGUUGCAGUCAAAGUGGACAAAAUGGGAAUGUUCAUGUUUCCCGUAACCUUCGAAAACUUUGCAAAGUACGCGGACAGGGAUAUGAUAUGCAAGCUCACGACACAGAAGGAAACAAGCACGGAAGACAUCCAGUCCGAUAGCAAACAGAAAAGAAAUCAGUUGCAGAAAUUCUACAACUCAUUCUACAUGUUUCCAGAAGAGCGAAAGUCCACCAAUAUAUUCCCUGAGGCACCGCCUGCACUUUUAGUGAAGUUGCUAAGACCUGGCUAUCCCGUAGAUGAAGCAACAGGCAGACGUUUAGCAGAGCAUAAAAAAACGGGUCCAACAAUCCAAGAGAACGAGAGGCAGCGGGAGCCUGAAGCUCCUGAAGGUCCUGAAGCAACCAGCGACUUUCCCAUUGUGAGCUUCCAAGUAUUCGAGAAACAUUUGGCGAACCUGUACGAUAUUGUGUGGCAGCUGAAGCUCAACGAUCCCGAGUAUGUGGUCAAGGAUUUUGAGGAGGGGGCCUAUUGCUAUUACUUGGCAUUUUAUCUAACGCCGGAGAUUCGUGACAGAUACAAGUACAUCCUAAAGCCGUGUACGUCGGAUCUGAGUGCCCGCCUACUUGCCAUACCCAGCCGCGAGGAAGCCGAAAAGCUCAGGCGAAAUUUGCCAGAGUUGAUUAAACCAUCGCCAGAUCUGGAGCGACCCAAAAGUCCCGAUUUGGUCACAGAAACAGCAGUGGCACCUGUCGACUUUAAGUUUUUCAAAAAGUAUAUCGUGAAUCUGGAUGACAUCAGUCAGCAAAUGCGAUGCUGCGACGAGUACAAGGACUUAUCAAAAGAGGAGUGUGGCGCGGAAUACUUCAGGCAGUUUUAUAGCUCGCCAGAAAUACGCGAAAGAUUCCAGUAUAAACUGAAGCCUUGUCCCGGAAUGGUACGCGAAAGAUUGCUGGGUCGACCGGCCUGCUCAGACGGGCCAUCGAAUGGAGCUGAAAAGGCAGCCGAACAGAACCAACCAGCUCCAAUAAAGGAAAGCAGUCGUAAGUCAGACCCCGAGCCUCUGCCUGAGGAGGAGCAUUGUGUCGAAAACGAUAACAACAACAAUAAAAAGUUUCCAGUUACGUUUAAGGAGUUUAAGCGUAGUGUGACGAAUCUCAGCGAAAUUGUACAGAAAAUGCAGCAGAGCGAGGAGUACAGAGAGAAGUCCGAAGAGCAGUGCGCUAAGGAAUACUACCAGGGGUUCUAUUCCAUGCCCCAGAUGCGUGAACGCUUCGAUUGUAAGUUCAAGCCCUGUCCCGCCAAGAAGUGCAAGCUGCUGCUCCGCUAUGCAGUGGAACAUCCUGAACCAUCCGAAGAGCAGUCUGAAAACAUUCCGCCUAAGAAGACAACAAAGCCGUCUUCUUUGAGCUCCGCUCGUGAUGACGUAGUAACUAUUGGCUCUGCUCGCUUCAAGUUUCCCGUGUCCUUGGGGGUAUUCAGGCGCUCUAUAAACUACGACGAAAUCGUCAGGUCCCGGCUGGGAAAAUCUACCGUCAAGCCGCAGCUCCAGGCCCAGACUGCCAACCCAAAGAACCCACAAUACGAAAGGUAUUUCCGUCAGUUUUAUGUCGGGUUCUACGCAUUCCCCUAUUUUCGCAAGCAACACGCAUAUCGAUUCAAAUGUGGUGGGGACAAACAGCUGCUGAAAAAGCUGUGCGACUAUGCGGUACCGUUGAAUGAGAGUGCCAAGCGGAAAGUGGAAGACGAGCAAAAGCGCCGACGACCGAUUGGUAGUCGUGGAAAAGCAGAAGCUGAACCUACUUUGAAGCCCAAGCCAGACCUGACAGACCGCUGUGGCGUCACAAAACCGAUUUCCUUUAAAGUAUUUUCCAAACUGUUGUACCUCGAAGAUGCAGUUAGCAAAAUGCAGCUGCAUCCAAACUUCGCUGCAAUGACGGAAGCUGGGUGCCAACGGCUGUACUACGAGUCCUUCUAUAGCACGCCCAGCAUACGGGACAAGUAUCCGUGUAGAAUAAAGCCCUGCCCGGCCGGCAUGAGGGCCAACCUACUGCAUAUCCCCCCCAAGCCGGAUAACCUGUCUGAUCUCAGAUACCCGCAGAGAAACGUAUCUGGCCAGCGCCAGAGCACUCCAGAUGUGGACAGAUUGUAUGCGGCUAGGAAAGCCGAGCUAGAUGGCAAAGAGAAACUUAACGUGGUCAACUACAUGCCCCACAAUCUGAGCUCCUACAUAGCUCGUCGUGUUGCAUGUCCCGAGAGAAGAGCUGUCGUUGAGAAGUACAUAGUCGAAACGUUAAGGGAUUUAAAUGAGGCAGCGGCUAGCAGUUUCUCGGGGCUGGAUACAGCUAGGAUGGGAAUCGGUGAAGAAGAGAAGACAGAGGCUACACCAGUGGCUGCAACGCUAGGCGUAGGAACUACAGCAGCGACUGGCCGUGAACCUGCAGAAUGUCCAGCAGCCUCUAUUGAAGUUGAAGGGGAAGUUGAAUCUCCAGAGGAAAACAGAGUAAGGGGCUACACUGUGCCAGAGAGUACAACAGCAAGUGUUCCAGCCAGCACCGCGAACCGUCCGUGCUCUACUACUCUGCCAGAGGUUGAAAAAACGACGAAUCCAGGGACCACUACGUCAGUAACGGCAUCCAAUGAAGUGCAGACAACAGCAUCUGAGCAAGCAGCAACAGAAAGCAGCACAGCAGAAACAAUGCAUUCUGAGGCAUCUGCAGUCACUUUGAGACACCUGAAUGAACAACUUGAACAAACAGUGGAAAUCUUUGCUGCGCCGAGCGACCAGGAGCACACUAUCAAGCAUUUAAUCUUCCAAAGCACCGGCCUAAAGAGAACGAUUUGGCGCAUACUCUUCCAGCUGAGCCAAGAGGAGUUCCGCACCUACACAAGAAUCCACAAAGGCGAGGCUUUCUAUGAAAACGAAGGCCUGCUACAGCGAUGUCAUCAGCUGGUUGUGGACCAAGGCUAUUGGCCACUUAAUUUGUAUGUGAAGCUGCCCAUGUUGCGCCGACUGUUGCACAGCAAAGGAGUGGAAAUGCAGUCGCUGGAUCUGCUGCAGCUGUCGCCAAAGAUCUUACAUUGGAGCGAUCUAAUGCUGCUCACCGAUUUCGAUGAAAUUGUUGAGCAGCAUUACGCGGAUCGCACCGGCAAGCAGAUCGACGAUGCGGAAUUGCUGUUCCAGGAACGUGAGCAGCUUUAUGCGAGCUGCUGGACGCAUGAUCAAUGGAUACGCCAAGUGCCGAAGAUCACGAAUGAAGCAUUAAAUGAGCCAAUCUUUGGUGACGCAUCUGCUGUUGCAGGUGUAGUAUUAAAGCUACUCUGUGGAGUGGAGGAAAGCCAGACCUCGGCGAUAACUAUUGAGUCAGACAACGCCAGACCCAAACCAUCUGAAGUAUCCAUUUGCCCGCACACUGAGCUCAACGCUCAAUCUACCAACUUUGUGGACAUGGACGAAGUGGGUCCCGCUUCACAAAUGCCAGACACAGAGAAUGAUCCGCUUAGGGAGAGCAUGCAGGUUCCGGUCAAGCAGGAGGCAAUUAAGUUCCUCGACAAGUUGCGCGGCAGCUGUGUCAACAGCCAAGACUUCCUGUGGGAGAGCAUUGAUUCAAACGAACAAAUUAUUAACUUGGAUGACAGUCAGGAGUCACUUUCGGGCCUAGCUUGCUUUGCCAUCCGCAAAGCGACAGAAAUUGCGCCAUCGAAUGCAAAUGCAGUUCCACAGUUUCCAGAAAGUGAAAACCCUAAAAUAUCCACGGAGUCAGAAAUUAUAGAGUCUCAGCCUGAGGCAGAGCCGCAGCUGAAUGUGAUGCAGAAGGAGGCGCUGGUGCCGCCUCUAAACGAGCCCAUAAAACGCAAAGAUAAAACGUCUGCCUCAAACGAUGUGGGCAAGAAGCCGCGUCUGAUGAACGAGAAGGUGCCGCAGUUGCGACACGAGUUCCGCGCCCUUCCGCUCCACGCCGUGGUAUGCUUGGAAUCGACAGACUUUGUUCCCGGUCUAGAGGACGAGCAACCAACCACUUCCUUGGAAGUCGCUUCUGCCAAGGAAAAGGAGCCUACAAUCACCGCUUCGCAGGAUUUUGCUUUAGGCAACACCCUUCUAGCAUCCUCCCAGCUGGACGCCCUAUUGGAUGCUCAAAACGUUACGCUGCGCAAGGUAAAUGAAAACGCUAUCACUGUAACAGGUAGUGACAAGAUUCGUGACCAGGGGCCCCCGCCUGUGCUGCAGAUUUGCAGUAUCUUUCGAGACGUGGAGCGCUACCGAUUCUUCAGAGCACUGACAACAGAACAGAUAAUCAAGCACAGGAUCGAUGGAUAUAUCGUGGGCAGUUCCUAUCAUGAUGCGUUGAUCAAGAUAAACGGCAAGUUGUGCAACGUGCGGGGUGCCCUGAUGGAAACCCUAUUUCCCCAUGUGUCGGCCCGACUGCGAUCUGAUUUGAAGGACAUCCUCUGUGAUCUGGGGGAAUACAUCUACAACAGUCGCUGGCACGCGUACAAUGAUUCCCUCCAGGACCUUCGAGCUCGUGUGCUGUCCAUGUUUAUGGACGUGGCCCCCAAGUUUGCAUUCUUCCGCGCCGAGUUCGACAAUGCGACUCGAGAAUGGGCCACUUGCAGCACGAUCGAUUGGUGGGACCCGGGAGUCGUUGGGCCACGGCCCAGAGGCGACGUCGGGACGGUGCUCAAGCCAGGGGUACUCGGUCGCAUGAAAGAAUUAAAGGCGCAAUUGCGUUGAAUUUUUGUUUUGUUAAUAAAGAGUGUUUUCCGU